UUCAUUAUAACAGGUUAAUGUGUGUGGUCGUUUGUCGCUGAAGGCGGGGAUAUUAAAUUGCAUUUCAAUAAUAUUUAAAAUUUUACAUGGAUAAUGGUUGUUUAUGGUGCAUGACUCCGCCGUGAAAUUAUAACAGUGAACCGUGAAAUUAUAAGCAGCGGCAGCUUCUCGUUGUGGUGUUUGAAUCUCAGCAGGCGUGGAAGGAAAGUGCGUUGUUGUUAGUUGAUACUCAUCAUCAUCAUCAUCAUCCUCAUCCGGCCUGCCUGCCUGCCUGCCGAGAAGCGAAGCGAAGCCGGGGAGCUGGAGUUUGCAACAGAGAGCACUCGCCAUGGCGGUAAACCUGGACAAGGAAGCGUUCUACCGCCGGAUCAAGAGAUUAUACAGCAACUGGAAGAAAGGAGAAGAUGAGUUCGGCAAAGUUGAUGCCAUCGUCGUGUCCGUCGGAGUGGAUGAAGAAAUCGUGUACGCCAAAUCCACAGCCAUACAGACCUGGCUGUUCGGCUACGAGCUGACGGACACCAUCAUGGUGUUCUGCGACACCAAAAUCCUCUUCCUCGCCAGCAAGAAGAAGGUGGAUUUCCUCAAACAGGUGGCGGUGACGAAAGGCAACGAGAACGCCAACGGCGUCCCGCCCAUCACCCUGCUCACCAGGGAAAAGAAUGAAAGCAACAAAGCCAACUUUGACAAGAUGAUCGAGGCGAUCAGAGGCAGCAAAGAGGGCAAGACGGUGGGAGUGUUCAGCAAGGACAAGUUCCCAGGAGAGUACAUGAAGAGCUGGAAUGACACAAUCACGGCCGAGGGGCUGGAGAAAGUGGACAUCAGUGCCGUGGUCGCGUACACGAUGGCGGUGAAAGAAGACGGGGAGCUGAACCUGAUGAAGAAGGCAGCAGCCAUCACCAGCGAAGUUUACUCCAAGUUCUUCAAGGAGCGGGUCAUGGAGAUUGUGGAUGCAGAUGAGAAAGUGCGCCACAGUAAGCUGGCAGAGUCGGUGGAGAAGGCCAUCGAGGAGAAGAAGUACCUGGGCGGCGCAGAUCCAUCCACAGUGGAGAUGUGUUAUCCUCCCAUCAUCCAGAGCGGAGGCAACUACAGCCUCAAGUUCAGCGUCGUCAGCGAUAAGAACCACAUGCACUUCGGUGCCAUCACCUGUGCCAUGGGGAUCCGCUACAAGUCCUACUGCUCCAACCUGGUGCGUACUCUCAUGGUGGACCCCUCUCAGGAGAUGCAGGACAACUACAACUUCCUGCUGCAGGUGGAGGAAGAGCUCCUGAAAGAGCUCAAGCACGGUGUAAAAAUCUCAGAUGCCUACAACACAGUCCUGGAGUACGUGAAGAAAGAGAAGCCGGACCUCGUAUCGAAGCUGACCAAAAACCUCGGCUUCGCGAUGGGCAUCGAGUUCAGAGAAGGCUCGUUGGUUUUGAACGCUAAAAACCAGUACAAACUGAAAAAAGGCAUGGUGUUGAGCAUCAGCUUGGGUUUUGCCGACCUUUUGAAUAAAGACGGAAAGAAAGAAGAGCAGAAGAAGUACGCCUUGUUUAUUGGCGACACAAUACUGAUCAACGAGGAGGAGGCAGCCAUAAUACUCACACCAGUGAAGAAGAAGAUCAAGAAUGUGGGAAUCUUCUUGAAGAACGAUGACGAAGAGGAUGAGGAAGAAGAUGGCGACGAUGCCGAGGAGCUGCUGGGGAAGGGAGCUCGUAGCGCCGCCCUGCUGGCCGACAGAACCAGACUACUUGGGAAGAACGAGAUGACGGCGGAGGAGAAGAGGCGAGCUCACCAGAAGGAGCUGGCCAACCAUUUGAACGAGGAGGCCAAGCGUCGUCUGACGGAACAGAAAGGAGAGCAGCAGAUUCAGAAGGCCAGAAAAUCCAACGUGUCCUAUAAGAAUGUGUCUCAGAUGCCCAGGGAGAAGGACAUCAGGGAAAUGAAGAUCUUCAUCGACAAGAAGUACGAGACGGUCGUCAUGCCCGUUUUCGGCAUCGCCACGCCGUUUCACAUCGCCACCAUCAAGAACAUCAGUAUGUCUGUAGAAGGAGACUACACCUACCUGAGGAUCAACUUCUACGUCCCCGGCAGUUCUCUGGGACGACAGGAAGGCAACAUCUUCCCCAACCCUGACGCCACAUUUGUCAAAGAAAUCACGUACCGAGCGUCCAACCUGAAGGCUCCCGGCGACACGUCGGUGCCCUCCACCAACCUGCAGAACGCUUUCCGCAUCAUCAAGGAGGUACAGAAGCGCUACAAAACGCGAGAGGCCGAAGAGAAGGAGAAGGAGGGCAUCGUCAAGCAAGACUCUCUGGUCAUCAACCUCAACCGCAGCAACCCUAAACUCAAAGACCUGUACAUCAGACCCAACAUCGCACAGAAGAGGAUGCAGGGUUCGCUGGAGGCACAUACCAAUGGUUUCCGCUUCACGUCAGUCCGCGGUGAUAAAGUGGACAUUCUUUACAACAACAUCAAACACGCCAUCUUCCAGCCGUGUGACGGAGAGAUGAUCAUUGUCCUGCACUUCCACCUCAAGAACGCCAUCAUGUUUGGAAAAAGGCGUCACACAGACGUCCAGUUCUACACGGAAGUGGGGGAGAUCACCACAGACUUGGGCAAACAUCAACACAUGCACGACCGAGAUGACCUGUACGCCGAGCAGAUGGAGCGGGAGAUGAGGCACAAGCUCAAGUCGGCCUUCAAGAACUUCAUCGAGAAGGUGGAGACGCUGACGAAAGAGGAGCUGGAGUUUGAGGUGCCCUUCAGAGACCUGGGAUUCCAGGGUGCCCCCUACAGGAGUACAUGUCUGCUACAACCCACAUCCAGUUCCCUUGUCAAUGUUACUGAAUGGCCGCCGUUUGUGGUGACCCUGGACGAGGUGGAGCUGGUCCACUUUGAGCGUGUGCAGUUCCACCUGAAGAACUUUGACGUGGUCAUCGUCUACAAGGACUACAACAAGAAGGUCACAAUGAUCAACGCCGUGCCCGUCAACUCCCUGGACCCCAUCAAGGAGUGGCUCAACUCGUGUGACAUCAAGUACACAGAGGGAGUCCAGUCUCUGAACUGGACCAAGAUCAUGAAGACCAUCGUAGACGACCCAGAGGGCUUCUUCGAGCAGGGAGGCUGGUCUUUCUUGGACCCGGAGAGUGAGGGAAGCGGCGCAGAGGAAGACUCAGAGUCAGAAAUGGAGGAUGAAACAUUCAACCCAUCUGCAGAUGAAGAGGAGGAAGAAGAGGAGGACAGUGAUGAAGAUUACAGCUCAGAGACAGAGGACUCUAAUUACAGCGAGUCACUGGGCAGUGAAGAGGAGAGCGGGAAAGACUGGGAUGAGCUGGAGGAAGAAGCCAGAAAAGCCGACAAAGAGAGCCACUACGAGGACGAGGACACCUCCAACAGGAAGAGGAAGGCCCAGCCAUCAGCCCGACCCACCAAGAAGAAGAGGCGGUCCUAAAUUUCUCCCCACGCACACACGCGCACACACACUCAUACUGCCAAACCUAGCUGCCCCUCCCUUCUACCCCAACUGGCUCUUUGGACGCUCUCACUUCACACAUGCUCAGACACAUGUUGUGUACAUAGACGCCCCCCUUUAUUUUCGUGUUGCUCCGUGAAGUGUAGCGUUGAGAUGUUGGAAAGAGCCAGCAGUUCAGUCGCACUUCAUCCUUUAGCUUUUUAUUUCCCCCCUCCACCUCUUCAUUCCUUCCUCUUUCAUUUCCAUCCAUCCGUCAGGGUUUCUGUUUGGUGAGUCUGUGUGUGUGUGUGGGUGUGUGUGUGUGUCUCUGUGUGUGCGAGCGCAUGUGUUUAAAUGGGUUUUUAUUGCAAGUUUAUUUUCUGUUUAAUAAAAAUUUUCUUAACUAAUGGAUGAUAAUAAAAGAAAAGACUUGACAUAUCGUCUGCCAAGUGUUUUAUAUAAAACAUAUGACCCCUCCCCUACAAACACACAUCAUUCGCCUCCUUGUUUUCUUCAGUGUUUGGUAAAUUGUGUGAAUAAGAUGGAAUAUUUGUCUUUUUUUGAGGGAGGGGAGGGACAUAUGCACAUUUUCUGAUUAUUUCUUCCUUUUUUUUAAGAAAAGAAUAAAUAAUGGGGUUUAUUACGCCAUACACACACAAACACACUGUCCUUCGCACUUGUCCUCUGGUCCCCUCUUUUUUUUUUGGUUUAUUCUGAGUAGAUAUGAUGUGUUGUACUGUUAAUUCUGAAAACCUGUUUUUGUUUUUGUAAUAAAAUUAAAAGCAACAUUA